AUAAAUUAAUGGCCUGAUCUAAAUUCUAAAACAAUUGUGCUUUCUCGUUGCAGCGAAGAAUUUUGGAAUGAUGAAGCUAAUAUGCGUAGCCCUAGUGGCUAUGCUUUCGCUUACGCAUGCCCUGGUCAAGGAGGAAAUCCAGGCCAAAGAAUAUCUGGAGAAUCUGAACAAGGAAUUGGCGAGGCGUACUAAUAUUGAAACUGAGGCCUCUUGGGCCUACGGCUCCAAUGUCAAUGAGGAGAACGAGAAGAGGAAGAACGAGGUUUCAGCCGAAUUGGCAAAAUUCAUGAAAGAGGUAUCCGUGGAUAUACAAAAGUUCAAUUGGCGCAGCUAUCAGAACGAGGACAUCAAACGCCAGUUCAAAUCCCUCUCGAAAUUGGGAUACGCUGCUCUGCCUGAAGCAGACUAUGCCGAGUUCCUGGAGGCAGUCUCCUCAAUGGAGUCCAAUUUCGCAAAGGUCAAAGUGUGUGACUACAAAGAUAACACCAAAUGUGAUCUUUCGCUUGAGCCGGAGAUAGAAGAGGUGAUUACCAAGAGUCGCGAUCCCGAGGAACUUAAGCACUAUUGGGUACAGUUCUACGCAAAGGCCGGCACAGCAGUUCGACCACAAUUCGAACGUUACGUCGAAUUGAAUACGAAAGCGGCCAAACUGAACAACUUUACUUCGGGCGCUGAGGUCUGGCUGGAUGAGUAUGAGGACGAAACUUUUGAGAAGCAGCUAGAGGAUAUCUUUGCCGAAAUUCGUCCGCUCUAUGAACAGGUCCAUGGCUAUGUGCGCUAUCGCCUGAGGAAACACUACGGCGAUGCAGUUGUGCCCGAGAAGGGGCCGCUGCCAAUGCAUCUGCUAGGCAAUAUGUGGGCACAGAAAUGGUCGGCCAUAGCAGACCUAGUCUCGCCGUUCCCGGACAAGCCCAUUGUGGACGUCACCGCCGAGAUGGUGAAGCAGGGCUAUACGCCACUCAAGAUGUUCCAAAUGGGCGCUGGCAUCGAGCCGCCUGUGGUGCGCACUGAGAAAGAUUUCGAUGCGCCCGCCAAGUAUCAUAUAUCAGCAGACGUGGAGUACCUAAGGUACCUGGUUUCGUUCAUCAUUCAAUUCCAAUUCUACAAGUCGGCUUGCAUCAAGGCGGGUCAGUACGAUCCCAAGAAUCCGGCCUUGCCUUUGGAUAACUGCGAUAUCUACGGCAGUGCAGAAGCGGGCGCUGCUUUCCAUAACAUGCUCUCGCUGGGCGCCUCCAAGCCCUGGCCAGAUGCACUGGAAGCCUUCAACGGGGAGCGUAUCAUGUCUGGCAAGGCCAUAGCCGAAUACUUUGAGCCUCUGCGUGUCUGGCUUGAGGCGGAGAACAUCAAGAACAAUGUGCACAUUGGCUGGACAGCGUCAGAUAAAUGUGUCUCUGACUAGUUAUCGAUGUCUCCUCUGGGUGAUUCCUAAAAUUUUUUCGCUUCAACAAGUUCGUCACAAAUAUCCAUUAUGUGAAGUAUUAAAGAGCCAUUUAA